AUCAACCAGUUUUCACAAUUUAUUUCAUGUUUCACGUCACUUUUUGUGGGGAAUGUAAUUUUUAAAAGUAAAAACAUAUCCAUAAAUGUAUUUAGUAUUUCAUGCAGUUUAUCUGUAAAAAAAAACAGCCUGUAGGCUAUAAUUUGCUGGAUAAUUAGAAAGAAAGAAAGAAAGAAAAGACCAGCCUAAGCUUAUUUGUUUGUCUUACUUGGUUAGAGACAAGACCGGUAAACCAGAAUCUAGGUUGAUUCUUUUGCAGAGUAAUAAGAAAGACCCCGGUAAAUACAGAAAAUUGAGAGAAGAAAAAAACCCUGGAACGACAUAGCAGGCAGAGGGCAGCAGAACUCCUCAUAACUGACCAAAGAACCCUUCAACUAUUGCUGCAGUUGGGAUCUACCAAAUCAACCUGAGGUGUGUUUCCCAAAGGCAACCAUUAUAGAGUUCAAUGGAACCUGCGACCAUAGUUGGCAUACAAUGCUUUUGGAAAACGCAGCCCUGGUCGAUGGUGCCAUGAUGGCAGUAAUAAAAAUCUCUGCUGGGUCAGAACAGUCAGAGGUGUGUUUGGCACGCAGUCCAACCCACCAACUCACUUAGGGCGUUGCAUUAAAACAAACACAGAGAGAAUGGAAGGAAGAGUAAAUAUGGACAGAAAUGCUCAACAAACUGUUAAGCCCUCGAUUCAACUGUACGUGCGUUUCUCUGACGACAUGACGCACUGACGUAAACAUCCUGCCCACGCAUUCGUGGAUACAUAGAACAUGUUGAUAGAACGGCGCGCGUUCGAUGGAACUCUGGUGCGUUGGUUCCAUAUUACCUCAAGAUCUCAGUCGUUUCGAGUACGUUGCAAUGUUUUCUGAAGACGUAAGUAUUACACUGCGCUGCACCUGCUGAAGCAGCGGCUGCGUAUAUUCUGAAUUCACGUUAUUAAACAGUUGCGCAUCAAUUAAGUUGGUCGAGGUUGUUUUCGGUAAAAGACAGCCAGGCUGUCUGCCCCAGCUAUCAGUCACAUGUCGACGGAGGAUCUGUCCACUUCCGACAGCGAAGCUGCCUUCGCGGGAGCCGGGGAGCGCUGGGCGCCGGUGGGAGCCGUGGCCAACCCGGAGGAUGAGCAGUGGAAGCGGGGCACACAGGCUGGCUCUGUGUCGUGCAGCGAUGCGGACCUGGUAUCCAGGCUGCGGAAGCUGGAGGGUGAGCAGGAGCAGCUGAACUCGUCGCUCCUCGCGUUAACGUCUCACUUCGCUCAAGUGCAGUUUCGGCUGAAACAGAUCGUCCACGCGCAGAGCGACGAGAAAGAGAGGAUGCUGCUGGAGCUGGAGGAGUUUGCCUUCAAAGGAUGCCCUCAUGUUAUAGGCUGCAGGGCACAGGACGCUCAGAUGCUGGAAAACUCUAGUGAAAGAGAGAAGAGGGAACGCUUGGAAGCUCAGAGAAAGAAGCAGAAGGAGCUGAUUUUCCAGCUGAAGACUCAACUCGACGACCUGGAACGCUUCGCCUACCAGGAGGGCAGCUAUGACUCACUGCCUCAGUCUGUGGUCAUGGAGAGACAGCGGGUGAUCAUCGAUGAGCUGAUUAAGAAGCUGGACGUGAACCUGAAUGAAGACAUUGGGAACCUCACUCCAGAGGAGCUCCGACAGAGAGUGGAUGCCGCUAUAGCUCAGAUAGUCAACCCGGCUCGAGUCAAAGAGCAGCUAGUUGAGCAGCUCAAGACCCAAAUCAGAGACCUGGAGAUGUUCAUCAACUUCAUACAGGAUGAAGUGGGGAACCCUCUGUUAAAUGAUGGUGUGAAGAGCCAACAGGCCCGAGCUCCUGGACCAAACACUGGAGCCACUGGAGGGAUGAAGCGAGUGGAUCCCGAACAGGCCCAGAGGAUGCGGGAAACCGGGCUUCAGCUGAUCCAGAAAGCCUUAGCGGUGCUGCAGAUCUUUGCUCUGAGUCAGUUUGGAUGCGCCGCGGGUCACGUGCCCCAGAACGUGUGGUCUCAGGGUGGCGAGGCUCAAGAUUACGGCCCCCUACUGCAGAAACUCGAAGGAGCCGUGGAGCGUGUUCGUCUGCAAGCCUCCCGCCAGCAGCCCAGCUCUCAGGAGGAACACGUGGUCAGCUACUCCGCCAGCCUGACGCCUGGAGGACCUCGGGACGAACUCACCGCUUCUGUGCGUAAAGAACUGGCCCUGGCGCUCCGGGACCUGCUGGCCCAUGGACUGUAUGCUCCUUCUCAAGGCAUGAGCCUGGUCCUUGCCCCUAUUUCCUGCCUGCUGCCCUUCAGCUCUACUCCCCAGACCCUGCAUCCCUGGGAACUUUUCAUCAAGUACUAUCAUUCCAAAAACGGCCAGGCGUUUGUGGAGUCGCCCGCCCGCCAGCUCUCUCAAUCCUUCAGUUUACCUGUAGGGGACGGUCCUGUGACGGUCACGCCCAAGCAGUCUCUGUUAUGGGCCAUCCAUACGGUUCUUAAAGAGCAUGGGCGAUUCAAGCGCAGCGCGGACUCUGAGUUUAAGGCCUUAGUGUGCAUGGCGCUCAAUGAGCAGAGGCUUGUGUCCUGGCUUAACCUGCUGUGUAAGUCUGGGACACUCAUACACUCACACUACCAGCCCUGGAGCUACAUGGCCCAAACGGGCUUCGAAGGUGCCCUGCGUAUCUUGGGCCGCCUCAGCCAUCUCAAAUUCAGCCUUCCUGUAGAUUUGGCUGUCAGGCAGCUAAAAAAUAUCAAAGAUGCUUUCUAAGCAAAAGAAAUAUAUGGGAAUUUUGAUGAGUUGAGGAAAAAGGGGAACCCUUAUAAUCUUAAAAAAAUAACACUAUUUACACUAAUAUAAAUAACACUAACAAUAGUAUAUAUAACAUGAAUUUAAAUCCAUUUAAAAGAUACUCCCAGAUCAACAAGUACACUGGAACUAAAAGAUUGGAAAUUAAGCAACUCGUGCACUUUCUUGAGACUCCGUUGGGUCUGUUGCUGUUGGGUCUAAUGCCUCUUGUCUCUAAACUGAAGAGGAUGAGGAUGAAGGCAGGUUUUAAUAUGCUGCAUUGGUCACAACUCAAAUGAAAUGUGCUCAGUUUAGUGACCCUGAGCGUGUAACUGCCUCCAAAUAACCUUUGAGGGGAAUUGUUAUGUUAAGCUUUUACCAAAAUCAACCACUAUGUAGAAGAAUGAGUUAUUACUUGAAAUCUUUUCAAGGGCCAUUGCAUAUGUUUAAGAUGCACUACAGUAUCUAUAUAACAUAUUAUAUGUGUGUGUGUGUGUGUGUGUAUAUAUAUAUAUAUAUAUAUAUAUAUAUACACACUCACACUCACACACACACACACAAAAUAGUGACUAGUGACUUAAUGGUUUAAUUACAUUUUCUGUUAGAAAUUUAUGUAGCCAAAUGCACUCAUUUUCUGAGCUUGUACUACAUUAUUGUACAGUGGUUCACAGACAAAUCAUAAGAUGUUUUAAUUCAAUAAGAUGUUUUUGCAUUAUUAAGGGUCAUUGCAUUUCAAACAGUGACAUAGCGCAUAUCAUUGGUUUAUUGCUGCUCUGUGUUCGUAUCGCUUUCUGAGGAGACCAUGCAUGCUGGUGAGACCUCACUUAUUAGGUCAAGCAACACACUCAGGUCAUUCUGAACAAACAAAGAGAUGUUCAUUGGUGUUUGUAAAUCAUUGGAAACCCACUUCUCUCCCUAACUCCUUUCCACAGCCUGGCCCUUCCAGCCAGGUGACACCUUAAAAAUGAUUGUAGAAAACUGCUGCCCGCUCACUGCUACAGGAGGAAAUGCACAGCAAGUGAACUGAAUGAAAUGGAGGUCAUUCAGCACAUUUGCUGAAAAAGAGUCUGAUAUGCUGUGCAUUGGCACUGACUGAAUUAUUUAUGGCCUGUUAUGCUAUGCCAGCGUUCAGAGGCUCUGCUUGAAUACCUGCUAUUUCCGUGUCUUGUCAGUCCUUGUUUACUGCUCUGAAAUAUUGAAUGUACAAUCCUUGGAAUUGUAUCCUGCUACUGUACCCGAUCUGAUUCCAGAUUCCUUAAACCACUCUGAGUACUGAUUUACUGAAACAUUCAUCAAGUAAGAAGGGACUGUUUGUUACUCCACAUCAUGGAAAUGGAUUCUGUAUUCAGUGUAUUUCUCUGCACCAUUAGAAUAUGGAGGAAUGGUUGUUAUGCAUUUAUUAGGGCUGCUCAGUUAGCCCUUAUUUAAUGUAGUCUUUUUCCCCUCUUGCUUUCCCCCUUUUUUUUUAAAUAGUAAUGUAUCAACCUGAAUACAUGCUUGGCCUAUUUUGAUGUCCAUUUGUUUGUUUUGUCCUAUCAUAUCUAUUUAAGAAAUUAUUAUUGUCUUUGUACCUCUUCUUAGAAAGAAAUAGACUUUCAAUUACUUCAGUAGUGAUUUCAAAUCAGUGUCAAUUACAUUCCCUUUUAUAAAAUUUGUGCCAUCAUUUUUGGAUGUAAUGAUGGUUUCUUUUCAGUGAUUUCAUGAAUUAAAUGUUCUGGAUGCUCUAUGAA